AUGCACGACCCAAGCCGGCCUGGUCGGUUGGUGUUCCCGCCUCUAGACCCAAAUGUCUACCCGGCACUCGCGUCUCCAUCCCCACCCCCUACCCUCUCCCCCACCUCCCCUACCGCAAGCUCACCGAACCCACCGAACCCCCGCUCCCGCUCUGCCGCCUCCCUACCCCUCCUCCCAUCAAGCCUCCACGACCUCCUACCAGAUCAUACGCAUCCGUGCUGCAGCAAUCCGGUGUUCGUGCUCACCGCCGACGGGUCGAGCGUGUACCGCCUCGAUCCUAAGCCUGUGGCGGAACAGCCGCCACCGUAUGCGUCCUUCCAAGAGAGGGCGCGGGCUGCGACGGAGCCAGCAUCGUCCUCCUGGCUAUUACAGGGGGCUGGGGAUUCCGCACCAAGAUCUCCAGAACGUAUCGGUCAACGGAUCGAUUCGCAAGAACGACAGUAUGGCACAUUCAGCAACGUCGAGGAAGAGAUCCCCGCGGCCGCGUGCGUCGGCUCCACAUUACGCACCAUCUUUUGUGGCGACCGCAGUGUUGCGCUUGCCUCUUCCGACGAAGACAGGUUGGCAUGGGGCACGUUCUGGGAACCAAUCGCCGAUCCAGCGUACUGGCGCACCCUCCCACACCUUCUCAUCCUCAACUUUCCCUUUGGUCUCAUGUUCUGGCCACCCCUCCUGGCAGGUACGUUGGCCGGUACGGCGCUCCUCCUCACGCUUCCCCUUGGUGCGGUUGUGUGGUGGCUCACACUCCUCCUCGCACGGUGGGCCGCAACCCUCGAACUGCGCAUGCAGGCUGUGCAUGGUCCGAUGCCCCGCGCUCGUGUUGUGUUCUACCGCCGCAGGGAACCUCUCUCGCCACGGUCAAGAACUCGUCUCCUUUCCGCAGCGGAAUGCGGAGAGACCGAAGCCGAGCGCGACACGCGCUUCCUCGCAAAUUCGUGGGCUAUGUUCACCGACCAUUACUCGUACGCGGCGCUCGCAUAUUUCCUCCUCAUUAAGCCGCUCGUCGUCCUCAUCCCCACCAUCCUCCUCAUUGCAUGCUUCCCUCCGAACAUCCGCUGCUCAGUUAUCGCCGCUCAAAGACCGUCGCACCGCAACCCGGAGACUCUUGUGAGCAAGGUUCACGACGAGUAUCUAACUCCAGAUCGUCCGACGACACUCAACGCCGGCGUGCACGGCACACUGCGCGGCGUCGAGAUCGUAGGGCCCGAUGGCGUCAAAGCCCGCCGCUUCUGCCAAGUGCCCUUUGCACACCCGCCCGUCGGUGAGCGGCGGUGGCGCAAGCCCGAGGCCCUCCCCUCCGACGCCAGUUGGGACAACGUGAAGGGCGAGGAAUUUGGCGCACUCGCCCCACAGCCCGAGUACCAGGUGCGCAAUGACAAGGGCGACCUGUAUCCGAUGGGCGUGCCCAACGCCGUGCUCGACGAGGACAGCCUCACCGUCAAUAUCUGGACGCCUGCUGGCGCCCCUCCAAAGGGCGGCUGGCCGGUGUGGCUCUUCCUGCACGGCGGGUGGCUACAGAUCGGCAACCCGGCCAUGACGGACAAGAACGACCCUGCCAACCUCGUCUCAGGCCCGAUGCCGACCGUAGUCAUCGUCCCCGGAUAUCGGUUGGGCUUGUUCGGUUUCCUUGCCGGUAAGGAGGUGCAGGCCGAGAACGACGACGGUACAGCGGGCAACUUUGGGUUCUGGGACCAGCGCCUCGCGAUCGAGUGGGCGGCCGAGAACGCGCACCAUUUCGGUGGAAACGGAGCCAACAUCACCAUCGCGGGCCUAUCUGCCGGCGCGUACAGUGUGCAGAUGCAGUUGGCGUACGAGCUCAAUUCGGAUGCCAAGCCUCUGAUCUCGCGCGCGAUGAUGUUCUCCAACGCCCUGCCGGCGCAGUGCAAGACCAUCGAGGAGAGCCAGGCGGGCUUUGACGGCUUGGCCGAGGCAUGUGGAGUUGACGCAGGUCUGAGCGGGCCGGAGAAGAUGGCUGCGCUCCGCAAAGUACCGAUGCAGGAGCUCGUUGACAAGGUCAUGCACCUCAAAAUCCACACGUUCCGCGGAGUCACCGACGGCGCCUUUGUCCAUCCUGAGAUGUAUGCGCGUGUCGUAAACGGCGACUUUGCGCGCCGCUUCGGCGCACGCGGCAUGGCCAUCAUCAUUGGCGAGACGCCACAGGAAGAGGUCAUGUACGGCGCAACGAACCCGCCACGUACUCUCGACGACGUCGCAAUCCAGCUCGAGAACUACUACAACCCCGCGGCCGCGCGCCAGCUCGUAGCGUGUUGGCCGCUUCCCGCUGCGCUGCAAGGCUUGAAGCCAGACGAGCCAAUCACGGACAAGACCCAGGUAGACGCAGUCAAGCGGAUGUUCGGCGACAUUGUCGCGCACGGACAGGUGUAUGUGUCUGAGCGCGCACUUGUUCGUUCCCUCCUACAGCACUGUCCGGCUGAGAAUGUGCUCCGCUUCCGACUGGCGUGGAAGGCGAAAUAUUUUGCGGAAAACGCCAUUUUCUCAGGCGUGGUCACGCACGCCGACGACCAGUGGGCGUGGUGGUUCCUCUCGCGUUUCGGGUUCUCUUCCGACGAGGAUAAGGUUACCCGCUCCUGGCUCGCACCAGUCGUUCCCUUCAUUGCGGGAGACUAUAAGGCCGCUGCGCAGGCAUGGUAUGGCUUUGCCCCGACGCGAGAGGAUCAGACGCGGUUCCGCGAGCUGAGGAACGGCAAGAUCGCCAUCGUAGAUGACGAGCGCUGGGCGCGCUGUAUUGAGAUUGCCGACCAGAUGAGCAAGUAG